AUGAUAUACUCACAAAAGAAUAUCAAAAGUAAAGUCAAGUCAAAAACUAAUUGUGGACAUCACGUUCUUCUUGACAAUAAGCCAAUAAACCGUCUUGCUACAACUCAGCUUUCUAGAAAACAGCCGCCUUGGCCGCCUCCUGGACCACCGAAGCCGCCUUGGCCGCCUCCUGGACCACCGAAGCCGCCUUGGCCGCCUCCUGGACCACCGAAGCCGCCCAGGCCGCCUCCUGGACCAAAGAAGCCACCUGGACCAUCGAAGCCGCCUUGGACGCCUCCUGGACCACCGAAACCGCCUGGACCACCUCCUGGACCAAAGAAGCCGCCUGGACCGAAAAAGCCGCCUUGGCCGCCACCAGGACCUCCGAAGCCGCCUGAAAUUUGUUAA